GUAUUGAGUGCACAGUCGCACACAAUCCUAGUUUACAUCCCUUUCCUGUUUUGUAUUGACUUUUGUGAACACAUUUUAUAAAUAGAGAAAUAAACGCCGAUUUCGGUGAUAACCAGAGGUCAAGAUGUCAAAAGUGAAGACAAGAGAUUUGAGAGGCAAACGUAGGGAUGAAUUGGCGAAACAAUUGGAUGAGUUGAAGCAAGAGUUGGCCAAUUUGCGAGUGGCCAAAGUGACCGGAGGUACCGCAAGUAAACUGUCCAAAAUCAGGGUAUUCCGCAAAAACAUUGCCCGCGUGUUGACUGUUAUGGGACAGAACCAGAGGGACAAUCUGAAGAAGUUCUACAAAGACAAGUCCCGAAAACCGAUUGAUUUGCGGCCAAAACUGACGCGAGCUAUCAGACGGAGACUCACCCGACACGAGGCCAGCAUUAAGACACGCAAACAGUCUCGACGUGAAAGGACUUGGCCUCAGAGGAAGUUUGCACUCAAACAUUGAUUCUUUGAUACCAUCGAUGGUCUGUUUGUAUGAGUUAUUACACCAUUAAAUCCAUACAAUAAAGAUUUGUUUAACGAUAUUAACAAUAAAAAUAUGAUUUAAUAA